CUCGCUUUUGAGAGAGAGAGAGAGAGAGAGAGAGAGAGAGAGAGAGAGGGGAAAGUUGCGUUUGAGCUCUCCCGGAUUUCCACCUGACUGCUCGGGAAGCGGGACACUGGGCACAGGCACAAUGUUGAGUUUGGGGAGCGGAGGAGCGAAAUCUAAUAAACCGUCAUUUGUGUCUUACGUUACGCCUGAGGAAAUAAAAUUGGAGAAAGACCCACCAAAAGAAGAGAAACAUCCUGAUUUGCUACCAGGGGAAGUUGUGUUUUGCAGUGCCAACCCCAUCCUCAAAUACACACAAGAUGACCUCUCCCAGCGUGGCGUCUUUGGCACAUUGUUCUGCACCAAUUUUCGUGUUACGUUCAUUAGUGAUGAGAUGUCUCAGGAAGAGACCGCCAAGAAAUUCAAGAACAAACUCUAUGGAGAAAAUGACAUUCCAUUAAUGUGUGUGGAUCACAUCUAUGGGGUUUACGAUGAAAAGAGGAAGCUGAUAACAGGAGGCCUUGUGAAGAACAAAUGCCCAUCUAAAAUGAUAAUUCACUGUAAAGAUCUACGAAUGUUUCAGUUCUGCCUUACAUACACCAAGGAGGAAGAUGCCAGAAAGAUCUUUCAAGGUAUUGCACACCAUUGUUUGGAGGAGAAAUCUCUGAAGUGUGUCUUUGCCUUUUCAUAUGAAGGGACAACAAGCCCAGACAUGCAGAGGAAACACGAGACAAUUAUGUUCGAUGCACCGGAGGAUUGGACAGAGGAAAUGAAACGGACCAAGGCGAGAUGUAGAUUAGUCACUGAAAAUGAGAAUUUUGAAAUCUCAACGAGGUUACCAAAGUAUUUUGUCAUUCCAUCAGCCCUUGAGGAUUUAUUCAGCCACCAAGGAAAAGGAUUACCUGUCUGGUGCUGGUCUCAUCACACUGGUUGUGCCCUGUUCAAAGCGUCUUUCCCACCUGGGGCACAGGAAGACGGAGAUUUCCAAAAGCACUUGGAUACAAUGAUAAAUGCAGUCGCACAUAAUUAUCUUUACUCUGUAAAAACAGAGGACCUCUCAGAAUCACUUCCUACUAUACAAGACAUCCAGCAGUCUUAUAACAAGUUCAAACUGUUUUUCCUUAUCGAUAAUUCAACAGAUUUUUGGAUGUCAGAUGUGAAGUGGUUCUCUUCGCUUGAAAGCUCAGGUUGGCUAGACAUUAUCAGACAAUGUCUCCAAAAAGCAGUAGAUGUGGUUGAAUGUCUUGAAAAAGACAACACAAAUGUCCUUAUAACAGAGGAAGAGGGGACAGAUCUUUGCUGUGUGAUUUCCAGUCUGGCUCAGAUAAUGCUGGACCCUUAUUACAGGACACUAACGGGUUUCCAGAGUCUGGUGCAGAAAGAGUGGGUGGCUGGUUGCCAUGCUUUCCUGGAUCGAUGUAAUCACCUCCAUCAGAAAGACAAAGAUUGCCAGUCUCCGGUCUUCCUACUGUUCCUCGAGUGCGUGUGGCAGCUUGUUCAGCAGCACACCCCGGCCUUCCAGUUCUCUGAGACUUACCUGACAGUGCUGUCCGACAGUAUACAUGUGCCAGUAUUCAGCACUUUCCUGUUCAAUUCUCCCCAUCACAGGGAAAGUGUUAUGAAGGUUGAGUCGCCACUAGCACAAAGCGGCUCAUUGAACUGCCCUUUAGUGUGGGACUGGUCUCUGCAGUUUGACAGCAAGGCCCAGAAUUUCUUCCUGAACCCCCUGUACUCGGAAAAAGUGAAACAUGUUGUCCGCAGAGCUCACAAGCCGAAGCACCAAAGACAGUUAUCUUUACCCUGCUCAGCCUUCAAAACUCCACCCAAGAAAGGUUUCUUUAAGGAUGAGACCGACAGCCUUAAAAAGAUGUUACAAAUUAAACGUAUCAGUCGCUGGAUGGGCUCCCCUGACUCUCCCAUGGUGUCCUCACGCGAAUUCUACGAGUCCUGGCAACGGCGUCCUCUGGACUAUCACGGCCUCCUGCUUCCCUGUCUGGAUGGACCGGCUAUUCGCCUCUGGAUGCAGCGCUACCUGCGUUGGAUACCUGAGGUUAACAUCCUGGGCGGUGGAUCUGUGGCCAUCACAAGCAAGCUUAUGGAACUCCUAAGUCAGGUGCAGGAUUUAAAGCGCGCGCUGGAGCAAAGAGACUCAUCGCAAGCAGCUAAAAUCGAUCAUCGCUUGCACCUUCAGCACAGGCCGCUGUCAUUCGGCUCGUCUGGACACAUGUCGUCGUUUCCCUUUGCUUACAACCGCAGCCGAUCUUUCAUGCCUAUCAUUCCUACAGGUAUGCUGCAAAGCAUUGUGUUAAACGACAACUUGGCCAUUCAAGAGGAUGAGGCCAGUGAGGUUGUAAGUUUGGUUUAAUGGGAAAUGUUAUUGGUAAAUACCGGAUAAUAGUGGCCUUGUCGGAUAAAAAAUGCUGAUGGUGCUAAAAGGGUCUUUUUGUAAAGUAAAACUUUUUGUCAAACCAAAUGUGUCCUACUGUACUCAAAGCAUAACAUGAGAUGUUAUUGGUAAUACAGGAUAAUAGUGGCCUUAUCAGAUUAAAAAUGCUGAUGGUGAGGGUCUUUUUGUAAAGUAAUAUAUGCCUUUUUUUAACCAAAUGUGCCCUACUGUAAGCAUUACAUGAGCCACACAGGACUUAAGCUUUUUUAUUAUUUUCGGACAUUUUCCAUCUAUAUCUUGCGGAAACAUCACCGUGCAUUUUCCUUUUUAGACCUUCACAAAACAGGAACAGGAUAUAGCUCUCAACAUCCAGCUCUUCCACUGAGACGCUUCUUACAUAGCACAGUGUUACAUUAUACUUUUUAUUACCAAGUAAUAUUUGUCACAUUUAACACAUUUUUUGAGAUGUAAUGGAAGUUUUUUUUCUUAUUCCAUUUCUAACAUCUAAUAGCUCUGGCUGAAACUGCACUAAAAUAUGUUUGAUGUCUCCUUAACUUAAACACACUUGUACACAUUUUCCACAUACCACUGCAAAUCUGAAAGUUAUUAUGAGCGAUACAUUCAGUAUUAUGAAUAAGAGUUAUGCAAGUAUGAUGAUGCCAUCUACAGUUAUAUGAUUGUAACUGCCUUCAUGUCAGCCUACUUCCUUAUCUAUUUAGAAAUGAAAACAAAAAUCAGAUCUUAACUGCUGUGGUCCAAUGCCGUAUAUGUUUUCCUAUAUGUCUGUUUACCCAUUACAGACAUUAUUUACCCAGUUUUUUUUUUUUUUUUGAGGUCUUUGUCUGGUGGUUAUUUCAAGUCCCAUACUUAAAGAAACAGGAAGUGUAGAACAAUACAUGAGAUCAGCAGUGUCUCUAGAGACAGCCCUCCAUUGUAUUAUGUACCCUACUACAGUGUAAUGGACUGUUGUCACUUCUAACAGUGUUUAUUCGGGUAAACUAAGACACUUUUUAAUCAUAAAUGUCAAAAAGUGUCCCAAUUUACUUGAAUGUACCCUACAUUUUGAGCCAGAACAGAAAAUGUCUUAAAAUCUUUAGCCUCGGUGAUAAAUAUUAAAGGAUUUUUAGAAGGAUCUUUUGACAGAAAUGCAAAAUAAUAUCUAAAACUAUAUUAUCAGGGGUGUAUAAAGACCUUUCAUGUGUUUAUUACCUUAGAAUGAGACGUUUUUAUCUACAUACACCGAGGGUCCCCUUACAUGGAAGUCGCCAUUUUGAGCCGCCAUAUUUCUACAGAAGCCCUUAAUGGACAAACCUUUUUUUACUAAGUUGUCUCCGAUGAUGACAUGUUUGUCCAGUGGUGGCUACAGUAGCUUCUCUAUGUGUUUCAAAAGCGAGGGGUGAGCAGUGGACUGAGCCGUUGGCUGCAAUUGACAACCUCACCACUAGAUGCCGCUAAAAUGUACACACUGCACCUUUAACAUCUCAAAUAUUUAGCGACUCUAUGGACAGAAUGUGAAACAAAAUUGUAAUACUGCCUAGGAUGUAUUACAAAUACACUCUCAGAAAUAAAGGUAAAAGCUGUCACUGUACCAAGAGUGCACACAAAAUGUAAAAAAAUUGGUACCAAAUGUAUACAUAUAUGUUCAUAAAUGCUAAAUAUUAGGACCUUUUUAAAGGGUGUCGUCCAAGUGACAGAUUUAGUAUCAUUUUGUAUGAGAGUGUAUGGAAGAUUUAGUACUUAAACAGAAGGUUAACAAACUUAAAAUCUUUUUAUUAUUUAUAUUUAAUAGGGUGAAUAGACAAAUCAGAUUGCAACUAUAAUUAUUAAAUCAUAAGCUAAUGUCACACUGUAUCUGCAUUUGUGCACAGUUUUCUAUCUCUUUUUUUUUGGCAUCUACAGAACUGCUGUCACAAAUGAAGAACUGGCUCCUUAGUCAAGAAUGAUGUUGUUUAGUGUCUGUUUUCUGCCUCUGUAAUAUCUAAAAAUGAUUGUUAAUUGUUGUUAUUUGUUCCAAAAAGUGUGGAAAAGCAGUUUUAUUUUAGUUUACACUCCUCCAUCUCUUGUUUUGCACUACUUCUUGCCAGUCAGUCACUGUUACUUGAACAGUCAGCUGUAUCUUCAGCUUUAGUCUGUUCCAUCCAGCUUUGUCUUUGUGCCUAAGACAAGAUGGAUCAACAUUAUUAUUACUGUACAAUUGCUUAAUGUUAUAACCAAUGCUAAACUUUUACAUUAUUAUAACUUUUGUCUUAAAGGGGCCAUUGCAUGAAAAUCUUUUUCAAUGUUUAAGAUCUAUGAUUGGGUCCCCAGUGCUUCUAUCAACCUAGAAAAUCUGAAAAAGAUCAACCCAGUAACUUAGUUUUGGUAAACCAUUCUCUACAAGCACAUGAAAAAAUAGGUCGUUGAAAUGUGUCUCUCCUUAUGAUGUCAUAAGGAGCUCUUAUUAUAAUAAUACCACCCCUUAAUCUGCACUAUCCAACCACAGCACUGCAAUGUAGUGCAGAGAAAAGGACAAUUGAGUUUUAAUUGCAACAAACCACCAUCAUUGUGAUCAAUGUUUAAAUUUCAUCAGCUCAUUUGCAUAUUUUUGACACACCCAAAACGGCACAUUUUUGGACACACCUACAAAGUGGCAAUUUUAACAUGCUAUAAUAAAUUAUUUAUAUGGUAUUUUGAGCUAAAACCUCACAUUAUGUGCUCUGGGGACACCAAAGAUUUAUUUGACAUCUUAAAAAAGUAUUGUGCCAUGGCCCCUUUAAUGUUUAAAUACAGAAUGUGUCAACCGAUUUUGUCUCAUCUGAAAACACUGACUUUAAAACUGUAAUUUCCAGUAUAAUAUGAAUAUAAAAUGCUUUCAUACAA